AUGCCAGACGAUACUCACAAAAUAGCCUGCGUGAGGGAUGCUCUUCGUAUGGUUAGUCUGCAGCAAUGGGAUGAUAUUUUCCGAACAUUCCCAUCGAUUCCGGCUGAAGUCAGAAUGGAAAUGGCAGAAACAAUCCCCGUUAACAUGAGGCAAAAGCCCGCUGCUUAUUGCUUAAUGCAGCUUCUUAUCUUGCAGCCCCAACGCAAUGAUCUUGCUUGUCUGCCUCCUCUAUCUGCCGAUUUGUGCCGUCUACGUCAGGACUGCAAAAAAUUACACGAAGGCAAAGCUUCAGUGGAGGAGAUUGUGGACUCCGCGUUGCAGUAUCUUUCGCGAGGAACAAUACUGAAACUAGCGCUGGUGUUCCGUACAUUCAAUCACUGGUCACUCGAUAUCUCGAUGGAGCUGACUGAAUUCCUCCAACAGCCAGAUGUAGAGACUGUUGAGCAGCUGAAGACUCUUUUUCGAGCUCAUUAUGCUCAAGAUUAUGAUGAAUUCACUAUAUUUUUUGUAUGGUGGGGAAUCGAGUAG